UGCUACGGGACCUACAGGCACCCCGAUUGUGCUCGGCUCUCAUCAGUAUUUUUGGAGGUGAGGACAAAAGAAAAAAGGGGGGAUCGGAGGGAAGAAAGGCCCGGGAUCUGAGCGUCGUGACGGGGCCCCCGACUUCGCCGCCGCUGGCCGGGGCUGUCUGGACCGAAGAGGGUGAAGGGAAAGCGGCGGAGGAGUCGACUCGAGGCUGGGGUUUCCUGCCACAGCAGCGGGAUUGUCACAAAACAGCCUUUGAGCCUCGAAGGGGCCUUCGUUUUCAGAGGUGUAAAGACGUCUGGACAGCAGCUUCUGGAAAAAGAACAAAUCUACUCGGAAAUACUGAAGAAAAGCAGAGAACAGGAGCCUGAAUUGACUGAACCUGAAGUGGAAUAAAUGGAUUACCCUCCUUUUGGAAAAUUGUUGCCAUGGAACUAGGUAGAAUUAAAUGAUGGUUGGCAGAAAAAAACAAAGGUAAGACAGCGGCAGGCUGAAGAUACAGGAGAGCACCGAGAAGAAGAAUCUGAACACUAAACAGGGACCAAAGACUUCCACAGUCUGAAUGAAUGAAUGCAGCAGAAAACAAGAAAGAAACCAGUAUUUGAAAGGGAAUGACCAAGAAAAAGGACAUCUUUAAAAGUGUUACACUCUGCAUUCAAGAGCUGACGAGAAUAUCAAUGGAGUGUUUUCCUCUGGGAGUAUUUAGUGAGGGUCUGCAUUCACACAGGUGUGAGUCGGGUCCGGGCAAACCUACAAAUGAACUGAAGGAUUGUUGUGACCAAACCCAGUCUCAAUGGUUUUAUUGAGAUUUUUUUUUUUUUUUGCACAAGAUGCGAUCGGAUUGCAGCUCAGUUUAAUCCUAACACACAGUAGCUCUGCUUGCUUGAGCUGUUGUUGAAGCUGAGAUGACUGAAUACAUGUAAAGACAUUUAAAGCUGAUUUUACAGGGUGAUGCUUCACUCGUCUGUGAUAUCAUUGCCUGCUCAGUGCCAAAACUGUUUCAGGACUUCACACUUUUAGUCCUGUGUUUUCUCUAGAAGAAACCUGCCUCGCCACAUCUCUUCUUUUUUUUUGAAAAUCCCAUUUUUUAAGAGAGCUUUUUUAAAAAACAAGAACAACCACACUGUCAUCACAUUCUUACAUUUGGCCUUUUCAUACACCAAUGAAAUUAUCAUAAGCUAAACCAUCCCACUGACUUUCUGCAACAAAAGAAGUGAUCAUAUCGUCUCUGAUAUAUAUUCCCCAAGCUUGAAUCUUUCUUGGAUUCUGACAGCAUUUUGUUGCUUCACUGCCAGGCUCUUACAGACUCUUUUUGUCAUUUAUGGUUAAUGCUGUGUGCCAGUUUUUGAUCAGAAGCAUUCCCACAUAGACGUUGACAGAUAUUUCAACCCCAACUUGGAAGAACAAUGCAGAAUUUUUCAAACAGUCCAGCUCCGCCCUCUCUGCCCCCAGGGUUCAGUGGGAGGGGUGCAGGGGGACCUCUGUAUCCCCCUCAGCCAGCAGAGCCUCAAAUCUCUCCAAGGAUGACCGAUGAUUACGCAGGGAUGCAACAGCAGAGCCUGCACAGAGGCCAUCCCCACCCCAGCCAGGCCAGCCACAUGCUCGCUUACAGCGCUCGAAACAGAGGAGCUGUGGAGGCAGCGCCAGCGCAGGGGAGCAUUCACAGCAGCAACACUAACAACCCCUACAGGAAGGACGUCAUGGAUUAUUAUUUUUCAAUGGGUGGAAAGGAUAGGCACAGAAGAGGUGGUAUGGGCUAUGGCGCUGGCUUUGGGUACCCUAAUUUGGAUGGGCAUAUACCUCAUCAGUACCGGCAUGCUGGAUCUGGCUCUGCACCAUCAUCUGGCAUGAUGUCAUAUCCAGCAGAUUUCGCUGCCAGCGCUGCUUCAAGUGGAAGUGCUGGUGCUGGAGCGUUCUCUCCGUCUCACCAGUACAGUUUGAGUCAGAACCCUGCAAUGCAGACGGUGCCGGGUUCUCAGAUGCAGCACCGCCAGCAUGGGCAAACCUUCCCUGCCGUGCACCAACAGCAGAGAAGCUAUCCACACUCUGGGCACAGAAUGACCCCCCAGUAUCCACACUACUCCCCGCAGGGUGGUGCAUCCACAGGGUCAUCAGGAAUGUACAGCCCCCCUCCACAAAGAUAUCACGACGGGACUGCCGGCACUGGGUUCGAUCCUAAAGUCAACAGCUCUCCUAGUGUCAACUCCAGUUCAAACUCAGUCUCCAGUUCAGUUGCUGCUAACAAUGUGGGGCAAAUGGAGAAUGUUCAACAGGGUUACCACACUUCAAAUUACCCCGGAUAUCCCCCACAGACACACUCACUUCACAAGCAGGCUGCACUACAGCAUCGAAACUCACAGCACAAUUUAGGGGUUGGUUAUGAUAAUUCUCUGAAGAUGCAGCACCAGGGCCCGUCUUCAGGCUCUGCUUAUGCUAAACAUCACCAAGCCUCCAGUUCUAGUAUACCUCAAGCAGCAUCCCAAGAAAUAUCCAAAUCCCCAAUGCACCCCAACGCUCAACAGACCCAGAUUAACCAAAACUUUAGCCCCAUAUCCAACCCAUCUCCUGCUGCCUCUGCAGUGCAUUCUCCCAGUUGUAGCUCCUCUCCUUCCCCACUGAUGGGUGUCUCAGAGGCACAUGGAAACCCCUCGGGUCACGGUCCUUCACACCCUUCGGCAUCCAACCCACGUAGCAGCCAUGGCCAAGGUAGAUUACUGCAGACCAUGCCUCAAUUAAGCCCCACGCCCAAUUCAAAUAGCAGCAUCAGUAGUUGUGGUAGCAGCGGAAGUCACAAGGCGCACAGCUUGAGCGCAGUCGGAGGAAGCGGUCUUCCUCGGAGCAAAAUGGGUCAAGGCACAGGAAUGGUGUCUCGAGACGAGGGCUCAGUGUAUUCAGCUUCUCCGCUUGAUAAAAUUCAGGAUUCAAGCCUGAAUAGUCUUAAUGCCUUGAGCUCACAAGUAGCCAAUUUGCCAAACACAGUGCAACACAUGCUCCUCACUGACACCGUGCUCUCACAAAAGAAGGGGAAAGAUGGAGGCCAGAUGCAACAGGCAACACAUAGCAUGCCCCUAUCACAACCAAGGAGUAGGAAUGCAAGUGCGGCCUCCAGUACGAGCACAGUUAAAGAUGGAGCUGCCGGGAUCGGUGAUAGUGCCAGCUUAGAUGCUGGUGCUGAUGAAGACUCCUCGCUGAUGUCAGUUGGAGCGUCAUCAGGGACUAAGAUGGAGCGUGAGGAGGGGUUUUCAGAAGGAGAGCAUGUGAGAGUGAGGCAGAUGAGUGGUGCAAGCAGCAGUUCUGAAACAACUGGAUAUCAAAAUAUUAAAAACAUCCCCUCUGAUUCAAAAGAACCUAAAAUUUCUGAAGGUAAAGGAAGUGAAACUUAUGUCCCUGCUUCUUCAUCUCCAUCGGAGACCAGUCCAACCUUUGCACCUCCAGUUUCCUCCUCCCCCUCAUCCAGUAUUGCUCCUCCACAGCCAAACUGUCUCCCAGAGUCUGGUUUAGCAUACGGCGACACAAGAGGAGGUCAUGGGAAGACAGCAGAAGUUAAAAGUGAAAUCAUUAAAAAUGAAAGUGAAGGCACAGCUGGGAAAACAGAGAAAGGCAGUAGUGUACUGCAGCAAGAUGGAGAGGUAAAGGCGCAAAAUGGUCAGGCCAAAGAAAACAGGCAGCACUUAGCCUCCAGAUUACACAAUAAUGAAGAAAAGCUCACAUCUGAGGAACAGCAGAGUGUUAGUGGUGUCGGUGUGAUUGUUUCAGCUAGGUCUGACGGAAGUCAUGCUGAAAAAAACAAGCGUCCCCAAGACAACUGCAUAGAAGAGAAACAGCCACACUCGUAUUUCAGAGAGGCGAGCAGUCACAAUGGAGAUGAGGGCAUGGAUCUAAGUUUAUAUUCCUCCCUUCACCAGAAAUCAAAUUUUGGACGGACUCAGAAUCCUCCCCAGUCUGGACCCCACAAAUAUGGCCACCCGGAGUCAACAUAUGGCUCAGAUUUGUCAACGAGGAACAGAGGCCGGGCUGGAAUGGAAUCAAAUUCCAGAUACUUGGGGUACCAACAAUCACAAACUGGAUAUGCCCCUGUACAACAGAAAGAUGCUGGUUCUGUAGCAGAGGCUUUGGUAAAGAGAGGGCAAGGAGCAAAGAGUCAUGACGAGAACUCCCAAAUGCAGCAAUUUCCAAGCCUUUUACAAGAGGUUCUUCAAGGUUACAAUUUAGACAGACGCUACAGCAGACCAGAGCAGGCAUAUCCUGCACAUCUGCAAGUUCAACAGCAGUUUCAAGGCAGACUCCCGUAUAGUAUGACUGAAGCUAUGAGGAUGCAAAGUGAAGUUUCAGCUCAAUUGGGAACCUCUGGAAAGCACCCACAUCCAAACCAGAGACAUGGAAGUGAGCCUGAUUUUACCACAGACCCUCCGCCUUCAGUUAAGUCAGAAGCAUCCAACAAUAAGAUAAUGCUAAAUGCUGAAAAAGCUGAGGCGGGUGUGUCUCAGAGUCAUCCACCACAGCCUACAGAGCCUCAGCCAACUCCAACAAAACACAUAAACUUAGCAGACUUUUCUCUACCACAAAGAAAAGCUUUGUCCACAUCCUCUGCUGUUCAGGAACUCCUUCUGCAAGAGCCGGAGCCACUAUCAGGCAGCACUGGUCCGACUGAGGCGCCGAAAUCAUCAGGCUCUGUAUUAGCCCCAUCAGAGCGGCGUUCAGUUAUCUGUGAUGUGUCGCCAAACAGACGCAGCACACCAGAGAGGGACAGAGAAAGUGACAGAGAGAGGGAGAAAAGUCAUAGUGGAGCCUCUGUGAUACAACAGCCAUUUCCCUCUCCAGCAGCAGCCAAUGAUCUGAGCAAAAAAGAUAUCGGGGAGAAACAAGGGGUGAAAAUGGAAACAGCAUCAAAAGAGGCAAGCGCAGACUCCACAAAUUUACAAACUGACCAUCAUAGCAGCAGCAGCGGAGCUAAUGAGGCUGAUGUGGAGUAUCAUUCCAAGUCUGCUCACUCGUCUGGUGUAAUUAAUGCUGACCCCUACAGGCGAGGAAGCGCUGAUAUGACACACUUGCCUUCUCAUCCUAUGAGCACUAAUCCUUUAUCUUCACCUUCGAGACAUCAGUCCUAUCUUCAUGGGGUUGAUUUGUCAGCAAGCAGUGGCAGCACUUUCCCUGGUUUUCGAUACGGAGACACAAGAGAAGGCAAUAUAAUGCCAAGGAGUAACCCACAUUUUCCCUCCCACCAUCCGUAUCACAGUUUAUCCCCCCAGACUCAAUCGCCAAAUAAGCUGCAAAUGUAUCCUCACCCUCGCGGCCCACCUCAUCACCCCCAUGAUAUGGCAGACUGGGUGAAAGCUAUGAACAGGCCAUCGAAGGAGAUGAUUAUGCAGCCUGGUUCGUCACCAGGGCGACAUAAAGUCAGCCAAUCAGAGCAGAGACAGAGAAGUGACAUGCCGGGUGAACAAGCAGUCAAACCAUCACUUCAUCAAAGCCCAUUUUUUGAUUUAAAGAUAUGGGAGUCGACACAUGCCGGAAGAGAAGGCAGCAGGACCAUGGAGGGUGAGUCCUACUACAGAACUCAACCCCCUCCUCCACCUCCUCCUCCUGCUCCGGUAGCUUCUCACGGCCCUGUUCCUCCACAAAUGACUCACGGCCAAAAUGCUCCUGAACCUGAGGCCUCAAGGGGAGCUGUAGAGGAAGCCAAACAUCCCUGCCCACCCCCUCCACCCAGCUCUGCUAAGCCUUUAGCCGACGUGAACUCCUCUCAGCCAAAAAUGCAGCGUCAAACUAAAGCUGGGGGUUCAGCAGACACAAAUCCGUUAAUGUUGCGAAGGAGAGUCCGUUCUUUUAUCUCCCCUAUCCCGGCCAAAAGGCAACUCCAGGAUACAUCUCAGCAGAGGGCUGCCACGAAUUCUCAUCACUCCCCCGUGGCUCAGACUGAGUCUAGCCAUCACAAUGAAGAUGACUCAGCCAGUACAGAUAUCCCGUGUCCUAGGCUGUCUUCCCCUCUGCUCGGAGAGGGUUCCUUUUCACAACCUCUUUCUCCAGCAGGUGGUAACACCAAGGUUUUGCCUCCUAGGAAAGGUCGAGGUUUGAAACUGGAGGCAAUAGUGCAGAAAAUCACUCCAAAUAUUAAGAAGCCAGCUGGCCAUGCUGAUGAUGGGUCAAAUCAUUUCACAGGUUUCUCUCACUCAGAAAUACAACCGUUUAAUGAUUCACAGGACCAAGACUUAGCCCAUUUCCCCAGGGCAGGAGGAGGGGAUGAUAGUUACAUGGAUGAAAGUCACUCAUUAAAUGAUAUGAUUCCCUUCAGAGGAGUCGAUGACGCUGGGCCUUUACCUCUGUCAGCCUUCCCUUGUGAUCAGACAUCCCAAACUGUAAAACAACAGGACUUUGACUUUGGAUUAGGAGCUGCUGUGGCAUCAGCUUCAGGAGACAAGGAGGACUUUGCUUUGCUUGGACCAUUACCGCCUCCUCCGCCUCUUCCUCGCCCUGUCCAGGGGUCUCCACCUCCAUCUUCAUCUGCCCUGUCAGACAUUCAACACUUCACUAACACUUACCAGCAGCUUGAGACACGUAGAGGAGAGCAGUCUGCUGCUAAUCUUCUCCGACAGAAACUUCAAGAAACUGGCAUUGGGUUUGAUGAUUAUCCUGGCAGCGACUAUUACGGCACCACUCCGCCCCAUCAUAGCCACACUCCAGUACACAUGCUCAACAGACAGCAUCACAUGUCCUCUGGUAGGUCCAGUCUGUCACCACAAGAUACCAAACCACCCGAGAGCACUGUGCCUAAAGGCUAUUUCCCAUCUGGCAAAAAGAAAGGCCGGCCUGUAGGGAGUGUGAACAAACAGAAACGGGCCCAGAACCCAGCCCAGAUGCAGGCGCCAAGCCAAACUCAAGCCCAAGCUCAAAACACGACAGUUAGUGCUCCCCCAGCUCCUCUGACUCCGACUCCAGCUGCCACAACUCCCCCUCCACCAGUACAGACUAUAAGCACAUCAGCACCUGUUGCCCCUCCUAUUAUGGACCUUCAAAACACUCCACCACUUGCACCACCCGUCUUAACGCAGGUAGUGAAAGUAGAUGCUGAAAGUGAGGACACGCAGCCAGAGGCUGAGGUCAAACCUGCAAGAAGAAGACGCAAAGGUGUGAAAGAUGAAGACGACUCACUUGAGGCAAGGGGUCGGCAAAGAAGGCGGAGGAGAGGAGCUACAGCGUCUGCUUCAGCAGCUAAAGUCGACCCGGAAACUCUUUUAGGGGCAGGGGCGAACCUCAGCGCUAGUAGGGUACUUGGGGAUCAAAACAGGAAGGGCCUGUUUAUUCCGCACAUACAUGUGGAGAAAAAAGUACCAGAGAUUGGGGCAGUGUGCACCAUUGUAAAUGCUGAGGAGGACAAGAUGAAAGGGGAGCGUAGUGCAGUCGCAGGGAAAGCGAGCGGGAGUGGAAUUGAUUCUCUCCUGACCUCGGCGCUUUCCUCCCAGUUAUCUCGGAGAGACAGAGAGACAGAGAAAAGGGAGUCAGACGAGGUGGAAACAACACUUCAGACAGGGAAAGCACUCCCUUCAUCUGGCUAUGUUGUUUCAGGCCCUGUGAUUACAGAGACCAAUCACUCCGGCCGUCUGCUUUGCUGCCUUUGUCAGAAAUGGGCAAAUUACAAACACCUCGGAGAUCUCUACGGGCCUUUCUAUCCAGCUGAAUAUGCAGCAAAACUCCCCAAGAAUCAGCCCCAAGUCAGACAAUGUCUAGCAACCACAGGCACAAACAAAACAGGACCAAACUCAGACAUAAGCUCGAAUUCUUUGAGCUCUUUCCAAGACACACAAACACAAGACGCUCCGUUCACCAAGCCCUAUGAUGAGAGUUACGAUCCCAUGGGACUGGAUUCAAACCCGUCAUCUUUCGCCUCUGCAUUUAGAGCUGCCUCAUUAGCUGGUAGAGAGGAAAUGAUGAUGCACAUGUCUGACUGGGCGUCCACCACCAGCACCACCAGUAAAACAUCAUCUCUCACCUGGGACAUGAACUUGGAUAUCAGACCCAUACCGGAGCUUAAGAGAGAGCCGGACCUAGAGAUCGAGACUCAGAAACAGCCUCCGCAGCCGCCAGAGGAAGCUCAACAACGACCCCAGCACAGAAAGCUGACAUCGCAUCCCCGCUUUAAAAGGAGGCACAAAUCAAGCGAUGAUUCCCCCAGAAUGGUGCCAUCCAACAGCAAAGCAUCCCUGCCUUUCCAGCCCCCUCCCCCAGCCCUGGACUCUCUGGGACCCCUGGCACAGCUCGCCCAGCUGCCUCAGAUGCCCAUGGACCCGGAGGAGCUGUGGGUCCAUGAGGGAUGUAUAGUAUGGACCAGUGGAGUGUACCUUGUCAAUGGGAGGCUUUAUGGCCUGCAGGAGGCACUAGAUGGCGCCAGAGAAACAAGCUGCUCAUAUUGUGACAUGGUGGGGUCAACCCUGGGCUGCUACAGCAAAGGCUGUACACUCCGCUACCACUACCUGUGUGCUAUCGAAGCAGAUUGCUCUCUGAAUGAAGAUAACUUCUCGCUGCGGUGUCCGAAGCACAAGGUAAAAAAGGAGAGUUUACCCAGAGUGUCCGGCCAACCAAGUCAGUUUACCUGGAACAGUCAGAGAGAGGCUGAGAGAAACACAGAAGAAGAGGAGCUGGAGGAGUCAUGGAGCUGUUGGGUGGGACAUUAACAUGAGUCGUGUUUGUGAAGCAGCCCCAAAUGUGAGAGGACAGGAGUGACAUCUGUGGUGGAGAACAAACAAAAGGGAAUGUACAAUUUCUCAACAGGAAUCAGCAUUAUUUACUUUGAAGACAAUGGAAAAAAGAAACCUUUUUUUUUUCUAAAAGAAGUAUUUGCUCUUUACUUAAAGCUGAAAAAGAAAAAAAGGACAUGGACAUGCAACGUAAAGGAGCGGAUUAACAAUUAAAAAAAAAUUUAAAGUAUAAAUGAGACGUCAGGACGGAUGGAGAAGCUGAAGGAACUUUCCUGUAAAGAACAAAAGAAACAAACUCCCUCUCUGGGCUCGUGUUGGUGUUAAACUCUUCAUAUCAUCAGUUAUUUUCUCUGUUUGUCUUUUGUUCGCUUUGAAAGAAGUUCUUGGAGCAAAUUUGGGUUUGAAACCCUGAGAAGAAAUGAUUUUUGUGUCUUCUCACAUGUAGUACUCUAUCUUACAUUAGGAUGACCACAAGUAUUAUUUUAGCAUCAUUAUUAUUUUGUAUUCUCAUCGUUAUUUACUCAUGAAGAUGAAAUGGAUGUAUCUCACUUUAAACACAUUAUUGGAGUUUUGUUUUUCAUUCCUGGAGAGGGAGGCGGAGCCAGAGUGACGUCGUCUGGAAUGUCAGGGUCGAAGUUUGCCACAAAGACAUUAUUGCCUUGGAGAACGGACAUUAGUUGCCUUUCAAAUGUCACGUGCGUGAGCGAGAAGCGAGCGAGUGUUGUGUGCGUAUGUGUGAAAAUAUCUGGGUCUUUGAUUCCAUUUUUUUUGGUCCUUUUGAAAAGUGUUCUUAUUUUUCAUCGCUGGGGUUUUUACGGUACAGAUAGUAUUCACGAAAAAUCAGACGGACACAAUCUUAUUUUUCAAGUACAAAAAUGUGCAAAGAGAAGGAAGAAGAGGAAAAACACUAUGGACUAAAGCGUCAGCCAUCUUUAAACGUGCUGACAGGGCGUUGAGGAGUGUAAAAAGUGCUGCAGAGGAAGCUACGUUCGAUGGACAGAUGUAAAAACUGACGGAGAUGGUGUCAUAAAAACGGCUGACCGUUCUGGCCAAUCAGAAGUGAGCCUUACCAAGUACUUUGAAAUGAUUUCAUCCUUCAGUGAGCGUUUUGAUUGGAAAAUCCAUUCAACAGAAGCAUUGCCAUGAAAUUUAAAAAAAGGAGUCGUACAUGGUGUUGUCUUUAUCAUUUUUUAUUGUUAUUCUUGUAAAAAAAACAAACUGAGAAGACAGUUAGACUAUCAAACCAUGCUGUAUCAGAAACCUGUCAAUAUGUAUAUGAAAUAUGAAUACACAGAGAAAAAAGUUCAA